AUGAAGUUUCACCGACCGGCGAGUUUGAAGGAUAGACUUCUCGCCCGCAGCGCCGAUUUCGGAAAAUGGUCCGAGAGACGUAGUAUCACCACGAGCAAGCCUCUUGUCCUAGUAGCUGGUGAGGCAGCCAAGAAUUCCGAGUUCCAACUCAUCGUGAAGGCGGUGGCCGCCCAACUGCCAGCGAAGGUACGAGGCGGACAGGAGCCUACUGCGCAACGAGUCGAGGAUAGCGCUGAGCUGGUGAUCCUGGAAGAUCCUGUGUCUGCCGCGGCUAGAGGGGUGGCACUGUGGUCGAGGAUGAAGAUCGAGGCGGGUUCCUAUUGCGAGACAGAGGCGUGUUGCAGUGGCUAUGGAGAGCCGGAGGAGGGCUACGAGGGCCCAUGGGGCGAACCUCACCGAGAGCUCCCCAUUCAAUCCCCCUCGCCUCGGCAUUAUGCUACUGUCUCUGACCAACGACGUUCUGUGACUAUGAAGAGAGAUACACCCGUCAUCAACCUGGCGCCAGCGACCAAGCUCAGGUCCCUCCUCCUCCCCUCCCUCCUCCUCUUCGCCAUCAUAGCCGUCAUCCUGGCUACCCCACGCGCCCUCCCCCGUCUCAACUCCAUAUUCCUCCAACUACGGUUGCGGCCUAGUUCGAGCUCGGCGUCUGCCAUUGCCACGAUCACCAAAAGCCAACGUCCACUCUACACUGCUGCUGUCAUGGCUCCCGACAAGUAUCGAAAGCCACCUCAGGCCCCGCCGCUCUUCACCGGCACCAAGGAGUCCAUUGUCGCCGAUGCGAAGAGCCUGUGCGAUUCGACCCGAUCUCUCCUCGACAAGAUCGUCGCCGAUGAAUCUGCCGACAAGGGAACCUUCACGAGCGUGCUCCUGCCCCAGCUGCUGGAUGAGAACGAGGUCGGCUUGACGGCUCGCAUUCUUGGCUUCUACCAAUAUGUCUCCGCAAACGAGGCCCUCCGUGGUGCUUCGACCGAGGCCGAGAAGGUUUUGGACGAGUUCAGCAUCGAGUGCAACAUGCGAGAGGAUGUCUUCAAGCUCGUGGAGGGUGUAUACAACAGGAAGGAGUCGGCGACUGAUAUUGAUCCCGAGAGCUUGCACUUGUUGGAGAAAGAAUACAAGAGCUAUAUCAAGAAUGGUCUGGGCUUGCCAACCGGCCCGAAACGGGACCGGUUCAAGGAAAUCAAGAAGCGACUUAGCCAGAUCUCGAUUGAGUUCCAGCAGAACCUGAACGAGGAGAAUGGUGGCAUUUGGUUCACUCGCGAGCAGCUUGAGGGCGUCCCCGAAGAUGUUCUCAACACUCUCGAGAAGGGCGAGGGCGAGAACGAGGGAAAGCUGAGGCUGACCUUCAAGUACCCCGACCUUUUCCCUACUCUCAAGUUUGCCCUCAACCCUGAAACCAGGCGUGAGGUCUUUACGCAAAGCGAGAACAGGGUCAACAAGAAUGCCCCUCUCUUCCAGGAGGCCAUUGAGCUUCGAGAUGAGGCCGCACGCCUUCUCGGCUACCCUGAUCAUGCUACUCUUAGGAUUGAGGACAAGAUGUCCAAGACUCCUCAGAUCGUCAACGAGUUCCUUGGCGGCCUGCGCACACGCCUUGCUCCUGGUGGCAAGAAGGAGAUCGAGCACCUGCUGGAGCUCAAGAAGGCCGAUUCCGAGGCCCGCGGUAUUCCAUUCGACGGGAAGUACUAUCUCUGGGACCACCGUUUCUACGACCGCCUUAUGAUUGAGAAGGAGUACAGCAUCGACGAGAUCCAGAUUGCCAACUACUUCCCUCUGCAGUCCACUGUGACUGGCAUGCUCAAGAUCUUUGAAGAUUUGCUCGGCUUUGUUUUCGUUGAGGUCGGACCUGAGGAGAGGGCCCAGAUUAGCCCAACGGGCAAGGCUGAGGAUAUUGUGUGGCAUGAAGAUGUCAUCCUCUUUAGCGUCUGGGACGAUGCUGGAGAGGGAGAUGGUUUCGUCGGCUACCUCUACCUGGAUCUUCACCCCAGGAAGGGCAAGUACGGACACGCUGCUAACUUUAACAUGCAGCCUGGCUUCUUGAAGAAGGAUGGAUCCCGACGCUACCCCGCCACUGCCCUCGUCUGCAACUUUAGCAAGCCAUCAGGCUCUAAGCCUUCUCUCCUCAAGCAUGAUGAGGUCGUCACUCUCUUCCACGAGUUAGGCCACGGCAUUCACGACCUCGCUGGCCGUACGAGGUUCGCUCGUUUCCACGGAACAAGCACCGUCCGGGACUUCGUCGAGGCGCCUUCGCAAAUGCUUGAGAACUGGUGCUGGACGCCGAGCGUCCUCAAGUCGCUCUCCAACCACUGGGAGACAAAGGAGAAGAUUCCCGACGAUCUCGUUGAGAAGCUGAUCGCUACUAAGCAUGUUAACGGUGCCCUCUUCAACCUCCGCCAGCUUCAUUUCGGUAUCUUUGAUAUGACUGUUCAUACGCCCAAGUCCCACGAUGAGUUGAAGACUCUCAACAUCCCCAAGCUUUAUAAUGAACUGAGGGCCGAUAUCUCUCUCAUCAAGGGCCCAGAGGAGCUCGGCGCCGGCUUUGAUUGGGGUAACGGACAGGCUACUUUCGGGCACCUUAUCGGCGGUUACGACGCUGGCUAUUACGGCUACCUCUCUUCUGAGGUAUACUCGGCCGACAUGUUCCAUUCAGUCUUCAAGAAGAACCCCAUGGAUGGCACUGAGGGCAGGCGCUAUCGCCACACAGUUCUCGAGAAGGGAGGAAGCCAAGAUGAGAUGAAGACUCUCGAGCAGUUCCUCGGACGCAAGCCAAGCUCGGAGGCUUUCUAUGAGGAACUUGGAAUCUCCCAGAAUUGA